CAGCAGCUCAGUAGUCUCGUGCCGUUAGUCAAAGAAAACUGUUCCGUGUCGCAUUAUGGAAAGCAAGGCGGUGGUGAUAUUUCUAGUCGUCGUCGGUCAACUGGCAACGAUUGGCUUGGGCGCUAACAUUCUCUACAUAAGCAGUGUCGCAUCACCGAGCCAUUUUCUAUGGAGUCAAGUGCUGUUCGAGAGGUUAGCCGAGGUCGGUCACAAUGUGACGGUGGUGAACUUAUACAAGGAUGGUUUGAUACGUGGCGUUCAUUUGCUAAAAUUAGACGGCGUGAUUGAUGACCUUGCUUUAACGGAAGUAGAGGACGAUUACGUAGAGUUUGGCCAAUUAAAUGCCUUUGAAAUGCAUAUGGCAUUUGCAGAGUUGGAACUGCAUGUUUGCGAGAUUGCUGUGCAAAGUAAAGGAUUUAAAAGACUGCUGGGAGAUUCGAAGAAUUUACACGUCGAUUUAGUGAUCCAUGAUCAUUUGGCAGGACCAUGCUUGUUGUCAUUAUUGCCGAUAUUUAAUUACCCUCCUCUUAUUCUGGCUUCAGCAUAUAAUCGAAUAUCAACAACGUCUUCUUCUCUGGGAACUAUGGUAUUCCCUGGUUUUAUUCCAAACCAAGUAAUUGACAUGGUUGAACCAAUGUCCUUUUUCCAAAGAUGUUUUAAUUUUGUGUUAUUUUGCUGGGAACACGUGUUUAGAGAAUAUAUUUACUAUCCAAAACUGGAUGCUUUCAUCACAAUAAAUCUCAAUCAUUCUGCAAGUGUGUCUAGCUUAGAGAAACGUUCCUUAUUAGCCAUUUUAAAUAUUUGUCCAAUACUGGAGCUUUCAGAGCCAUCAUAUAGCAGCGUAGUCCAAGCUGGUGGCUUACACAUUAAACCUAAAAACCCACUCCCACCGGACUUGCUCCGAACAGUAGACAUGUCAAAUAACUUUAUCCUGCUUUCACUUGGAACUAAUGUUCGGAGUGAUUCGCUUGGUUUCAAAAUACUUCGUGAGCUUAUAACCGCUUUGAGCACACUAUCGCACAUAACUUUCCUCUGGAAAUUGGACUCGGAGAGUGGUCUUCCAGUGAAGCUCCCUUCAAACGUCAUCACUUCAGCAUGGUUUCCGCAGAGCGACCUGUUGGCCCAUCCGAAAAUUCGCCUCUUCAUCACCCACGGUGGAUUGCUCAGCAUUCAGGAAGCGGCUUGGCAUGGAGUUCCGAUUGUUGGGCUACCCAUUUAUGCGGAUCAAUUUGGAAACGUCAAUCAUAUGGUCGACAAAGGAAUCGGACGUCGAUUGUCGAUAUCGACCAUGAAAUCACAUCAACUGAUUGAUUGCAUUAAUGGCGUUAUGAGUAACAAGAGUUACAAGGAAAACGCCAUUCAACUGUCAAAAGUGCUCCGCGAUCGGAAGGAAUCCCCCCUAGAGACUGCAAUCCAGUCAAUUGAAUGGGUUCUGAGAAAUGCGGAAACUAGCCACGUGUGGAAACAAACACUAGUGAAUGUUGGAUUUCUGCAGAAGUACUCGUACGAUGUUGUUGCUGUAUUUGCUGGUGCCACUAUGUUAACGUUUAUUUUUUCUCUGGUAGUUGUUUGGAACUAUUUUCGCGUGCCCUUAAUAUUAAAGAAUAAAACGAAAAAUGAAUGA